UCUCUCUUCUUUUUUCCAAACCACUAUUAUCCGCCAUGUCAACCGCCCACAUCCCCGGCCUGCUGCGGCCCAUCAUCGCCCUCAACGGCUGGACCUUCUUCGUCGAAAUCUGGAUGUACGCAACCCGCCUCCCCGUCUUCAGUCGCAUGAAGGAAGCAAGCGAUCCCUCCACGCUGCGCAGCGAGAUUGACAAGCGCACACCCGCCUCCGUACGCUGGAAGGCCGACAACUACAACCACCUCCUCGAGCAGCCAACCCAGUUCUACGCCAUCGCUCUCGCACUCGCCAUUGCGCGGUACGGCGCAGAUGACCCGCUCGAUAUUAAACUCGCCUGGGGAUAUGUUGGAGUGCGCGUUUUGCAUAGUCUGAUCCAGUGCACGACUAAUACGAUUCUGCUGCGGUUUCCGGUGUUUUUGGUCUCGUCGGGGAUUUUGGCGACUCUCACUGCCAGGGCUGCCUUGUUGGCUUUUUAAAUGAUUGAAGAUGUGAAUUAAUUAAUUUGAGAAACUCGUUACGGAAUGAGAAUUAAUCAAGGCCCC